CAUAGAAUAUACGGGCGACCACGGUGAUUAGAGCGCGUGGUUGAUGCCUACAAAGUGUUUUAUUGGGCUUUACCAUCCUACCUUGUCUGCACCCGGAUUCGCUGCUCUCUCUUUCUACUAUCUUCACGAUUCGACUUUCUUUCUCUAAUUGCCAAACCCGAACCCUAAAUAUUUGCUUUCAAGCCGACAAACGAAUUUUGACGUUUUUUAAAAUUAUUGUUGUUCUUUUAAUUACUGAUGCACUGAUCUCCAAUGCGAGGUAGGGAUCGAUCUGGUGCGUGGAGCUUAGAGUUAUCAAUCUGGAGCGUCGGCGAUGGACGUUUUGAAGGAGAAUUUGUCGGAGUUAGAGAUUGGGGGCACCGUUGAGUCGCUUCAAAAAUUUAUAGACUUUCAGAGGGAGCUUUUCCACAGCCAGAUCGAUCAGCUUCAAAACGUCGUCGUUACACAAUGCAAACUCACCGGCGUCAACCCUCUCGCCCAGGAAAUGGCAGCCGGUGCUUUGUCAAUAAAAAUUGGGAAACGACCUAGAGAUUUGCUAAACCCUAAGGCUGUAAAGUAUAUGCAAGCUGUUUUUUCCAUUAAAGAUGUGAUUAGUAAGAAAGAAUCCCGUGAGAUUAGUGCUCUGUUUGGUGUUACAGUCACACAGGUGCGUGAUUUUUUUUCUAGCCAACGCACUAGGGUGAGAAAGCAAGUUCGGCUGUCUAGGGAGAAAGCCGUAAGAUCUAAUGCGUGUAAAGUAGCAGAAGAAGGGGUGGUUCCAAUUGGGUCUGAUGCCAUGAUACCUGUUGAACCAGUUCCCUUAAACUCUGUUGGCCCUGCUAAUGCCGAAGAAGCACCAUCAUGCUUGACACAAGAUGAUGCUCUUACCGGCAUAGACGAGUUGGAUAAACAUUUUGUUGAAAAUAUAUUCAGUAAGAUGCGGAAAGAAGAAACUUUUUCUGGGCAAGUGAAACUGAUGGAGUGGAUCUUGCAGAUACAAAAUCCUUCAGUAUUAUGUUGGUUUUUAAACCAAGGUGGCGUGAUGAUUUUAGCAACAUGGUUGAGUCAAGCAGCUGUUGAAGAACAAACAACUGUUCUCUUUAUUAUCCUCAAGGUUCUUUGUCAUUUACCUCUACAAAAAACUCUCCCUGAACAUAUGUCAGCUAUACUGCAAAGUGUUAACAAGCUGCGAUUGUACAGAUUUUCAGACAUAUCAAACAGGGCAAGGCUUUUGAUAUCACGGUGGAGCAAAAUGUUUGUAAGAAGCCAAGCUGUGAAGAAACCGAAUGGUUUGAGGACCUCUACUGAAGCACAGAAUGAGAUGUUAUUGAAGCAGAGUAUAAGUGAAAUUAUGGGUGAUGACUCAUGGCAGGCAAAUGUUGACAAUUCUGAAGGGAUUCUUGCUACUUCUAAUGUCAGGAAAUUGGAGUCUUCACAAGUUUUGAAACUGCUUCCAGCAUCCACAGAUGACUCCACAAAGAAGAACAUCCUUGGUGUUUCUGGUUCCUAUAGCAGGGAACGCAGGAAGGUUCAGUUAGUGGAACAGCCAGGGCAAAAAAUGGCUGGUAAAAAUUCGCAGAUAACAAGAACAGUGCCUCUUAGUCAAAGUCGCCCUAUGUCUGCUGAUGAUAUCCAAAAAGCAAAAAUGCGUGCUUUAUUUAUGCAGAGUAAACAUGGCAAAACUGGUUCGUCUAAUGGAAUGGUUGAAGCAAAGAGUGAAGGUCUGAACAAACCUUCAACUUCUCAGGCCAGCUUUUCUCCACGAGUUUCUAAAGUUCCUUCUCGACCUGCAGAAGAACAAAAGAAACCUAAUACUUCCCCCAAAACUUCUAACAGGCUGGAACUUCUUGAUCCAAAGCAGACGAUGGAUUCUAAGGAGUCCCCAUGGGAGAAAUGCCAGAAGAUCAAAAUCCCAUGGUACACACCACCAGAAAUAAAACUCAACGACCUUUGGAGAGUUGGUGCUGGUGAGAGUAGCAAAGAGGUUGAUGUGCAGAAAAACAGAAAUAGUAGAGAGAAGGAAACUUUCUAUUACACAAAUCAGGAGAUACCAUCUAACCCCAAGGAACCAUGGGACCGAGAAAUGGACUAUGAUGACACAUUGACCCCAGAAAUCCCAACUGAACAGCCACCUGAUACUGACUGUAUGGAAACACAGGUUACACAUGGUGAACACGUAAAUAGUGCAGUUACUUUGGCACCUUCCUCCCAAAUUGGUGGUGGCGUUGAAGCUGAACCAGAUCUUGAGUUGUUAGCUGUACUGCUGAAAAACCCGGCUUUGGUUUUUGCCUUGACUUCUGGACAAUCUGGUAACCUGACAAGUGCAGACACAGUGAAGCUGCUAGACAUGAUUAAGGCUGGUAAUUCAAAUGAUACCGGUAAAAAAGUGGGAGAGAAGGUUGAAAUGUCGCUUCCAUCUCCGACUCCAUCGAACAAUCCUGGAACGAGUGGAUGGAGACCGGAGGUAGUCAGGAACCCUUUUUCACAGCAAGCUCAAAUGGGAAACAGAGCUGCCCAACCUUCUCUUGGAGUUGGAACCACCACUCCUGUUGCGGAAAGGGUUCCUGCUACUAGCAUGGCGGCGCCACAGCAAGUAGCAAAUGGCCCAUCGUUAGCUCAACAGCUUGCAGCAGCCAUGGUACAGUCGUUGCCUCAGUCAAAUGCCAUGACUCCUGAAAAGCGACAGUCAACUAAUUUUGCUUUUUCACACCAUGGUCUCCCGUCUAAUUCUCCAGCUAUACAACCAACAGCUUCCGACAUUGCCUUAACCAUGAAAAAUCAAUCCCUCGUUAACUCUUUAACAAACUUAUCAGCCGCGGCUGGUCCUUCAUUGCGGGUUGGAACUAGGAGUAAUGUGAAACCUGCCUCAAUCUCCAUGACACCAAAUGUACCAGAAAAAAUGCAUUCUUCAUUUUCUAUGUCUCCCUUGAUGCCAACACAGUCACGGCCACAAAUGCCACCACAGCUACGGCCACAACAACCCCAUGUAUCUGAUCCUCCUCUUCAAACGCAUCUAUAUUCAUCUAGACCCCCAGUGGGAAACAUAAGUCCAAUGUCUGAUCCUUGGAGAGCCAGGCAGAGUUUGGCUUCUAAUCCUCAUUCUCAGGCUAAUCAAAACAAUUAUAAUGCAUCAUUUGGAGGACCUGUGCAGCCUCAGUUGCUAUCAGGCCUUCUAGGGGAAGGAAAUGAGUAUGUGGGUAAUGAAGGUUUUGAGUCAUGGAGUCCUGAGAAUAGUCCAAAAAGGUCUUCAGAACAUGUGCAAGGAAGGAAUUACCUGGAACCCGGAAUGAAUUCCGCGUGGACUUAUAGACCUGACAGGUCAUGGCAAGGGAAUUCUCCGGAGUACCGGGACCAGAACAGACAGGGAAAUAGAAGAUGGCGUGAUAGUAGAUGAUGAGACUUGCUGCCAAUGUUGGCCUUGGGUUGGGGAAUGCCGGCCUGUCUAUACACAGUGAGUGUUCUUUGAUAGUUAGAGGUGGAAAAUGGAACGCAAUGGGACAAGAAGAACGUUUUGUAUACUGGACAAUACAAAUGCAAAUUACAGCUUUCUGGAUGUUCCAGUCGUGAGCUUGGAAUUUAUUUGAGAGGCACAUGAAAAGAAAAAAAAAAAAAAAAAGAACUGUGCCAUGAUUUUCUCUUUGUCCUUCUCUAUCUAAUCCCUCACGGACUAACACUUUAACCGUGGUUUGGACUGGGCCGUUGUGGCUCAAUAUCCAAAAAUUUCUGUUGGACUUCUUGUUAUUUACCGGAAAGGACCUUACCCUAGGAAUUUGUUGUAAUGGAUAUCGCAACUGGCAACCAAAUUUUGGGCCUUGCUGGAUGACUUAACAAAAAUUCACAUUAUGUCUAGAAGAAACUGUUUUUUUUUCUAAUUUGAAUGAAAUACUCUUUUUUU